AUGCACUCGCGCACAUGCACAUACGAGGCGAGUUUUUCUUACGCCCUUGAAGCCCACCGGUUUGAGUUGAUGCCUUAUCGCAACUUUGUAUCCACUUCACAGAUCCGCGUUUCGGGCGGCAAGAAGAACAAAAAAAGUGUAGAGCACACGUCAAACGGCUCAGUUACUGCUCGGCUUGGUCCGGCACUGCCCUGCUCCUUUCACUGCACCCGAGAGCAUUUGAGCUGA